AUGCAAAAAGCGAUAUUGCUCGUAUUCCUGGCUGCAUUAGCUGUUAGUGCCAUCGAGCUAAGAGACGUCUUCGGUUCCAUGGCUUGCGCGGCAUGCAAAAGCACCGUAAUGCAAGUCGAGACCAACAUCACCACAAACAUUCGGCAACAAGUGACGACGAUCGGAGGGAAAUUUUGUCAAAAGCUCCCACCCUUCGCGGUCGAUACUUGCAAGAUAACCCUCAACCAGACAACGACUACCCUCGUCACGCAAAUCCUGAAACAAGCAUCUCCGGAAGUGGCGUGCCGAGCGGCCAAAGUAUGCGAC